AUGUCUACUUCUGAUCCUCUCACCAUCGCGCCAUCCGAGAGUUCAUCGGACGGCACUAUUCCAGUAAUUGAACAAAUCGAAGCCUUGCUCUCCCCAGCCUCACCCGCUUCCAACCCAUCCUCGACGCGGUCUCAAAAGAUCCAGGUUGUUCAAACCCUACUUGAAACAGUUGAUUUAGGCCCACGGAAACCUCAAAUCCUGGAACUGCUUGCCGCACGAUGCUAUGAGCAGUAUGUAGCUGUAAAUGAAUGGGCCGCACUGGAGAGCGCAAUCGACUAUUACGGCGAACUCAUACGCGACACCGCAGAAGACGAUUUGGCGACGUCCUCUCGCUUGGGCGAGGCGUAUGCUCGUUGCAUGCAGAAUCGCUUUAUGAGGGGCCGAAAGGAGAAAGAUCUGGGACAGGCUAUCAGCUUUGCAGCCGAGUCGGUCGAGAGAACGAGGGCAGCUGGUGUGGAUUCUACGGUCUUAGCGGACCGACUAGGAACGCUGUGGUUAUGUCUUUUUACAAAGGUUCAUCAACUAGAUGACAGUACCACGGAAGACUUUGAUCGGAUGAUACAAAGCGCAGAAGAGGCUGACACUGUAGCACGAGCACACCCGAGUGACAUCUCGAAAGUGGUUGAAGCAAAGAGUAAUCUGGGAUUAGCUUAUCAGAUCAAAUGGGAUCAGAGACGAGACUUGGAAAGCCUGGCUACAAGCGUAGCUCUCGGCCGUGAAGUUUUGGACCAGCUGCCCAAGGAUGCGGAUACCGAUGCGCGAAUAGCGGCUCUCUCUAACCUCUCCUUCCGUCUACAGAGAGUAUAUCUCUGCUAUGUUGUCGAUGAAGAGCUUCCCACGGGGAUGGAAUCUUUGGAUGGCGAGACGCUCCUGGAUGACGCUCUCGAACAUCUCUCCGAAUCGGCGUUGCUUCACGGUGAACGCACGCUCUCGGUCCCAGAGAAUAUACUGACCUUCGUCAUGUAUAUACGCAACUUCCCAGUCUCCUAUAGGGGUGCUAUGCUCGGACGGUGCGCAAAUGUCCUUCGCAUCGGCGUCAAAAUCAUCAAAGACUACUGCAGUGUCGCCUCUCAAGAGGACCAGAGGGACUGCCUCAGUACAUUCUAUGGCAUUUCACGCUACGCGACUUCUGCGGCUUUACAGAGCGGGGAAACUCCCUACCAAGCUCUUCAGCUACUAGAAGAAGGAAGAACGGUUGCGUUAACGCUGCAAGAAGAAAUCGCAGACGCUGAUACUAUAACAUUGCACGAUGAGAGCCUUGCAGAUGAAUAUUCUGAAGCUUUGCACACUUUCCGAGCUUCUUUCACCAACCAGGUAUCCUUCCACGAAAGGAAGUCUGGCAUGGAACGACUAGCGAAGCUACAAGACCGUAUUAGACAGAUCCCAGGAAUCCUUGGGGGGCCAGAGCGACUGAGUGAGAGGCUAUUGCUCGAGAUGGCUCAAGAUAGAGAUAUCGUGGUAGUCAGCUUGACAGACCUUCGCAGUGAUGCCAUUCUCAUCACCAAAGCUGGCCUUCGCGUUGUUCCCCUACCUAGUCUGGAUGAGUGGCAGCUUUCGGAAGAUAGCUGGGAGAUACAGACGGGUCUUGCCACAGAGGAGGAUCAAGAAGAAGUGUUUCACGACCUCCACGCGAAUCUCUCCAAGCUAUUGCGAGACUUGUGGAGGAAUCUCGUCAAUCCAGUCCUCCGAGAUCUCGGGCACCUUCAGACUUUGUCGAAGAGUGACUCGUGGCCGCGCAUCGUGUGGAUUCCGACGGGCAUUCUUUGCUUAUAUCCGAUCCAUGCUGCUGGGUUGGGCUUGCACAAAGAGGCCAACGCGAUGAACAGAGUCAUCUCAUCCUACGCAUCGAGCUUGUCGAGCUUGCUUCGACUUCACGAAAACGAGGGGAGAGGAGCCAGCUUGGACGGCCCAACCAAGGUUGCCAUCAUGGCCAUGCCAGAAACCGUAGAUCGCCAGCCACUAGACCUGAGCCUCCAAGAGGCCGCGGCCAUCACUCGAGCUUUUCCAGACUCAGAACUCCUCGUCAAUCGAACUACAGAAGAUGUGCUCGAGGUAAUUGCGCGGCAGCCUCAGAUUGUGCACUUUACGUGCCAUGGCGAAGUAGACUACGAUCAACCGCUCUUGAGCAAAUUGCUGACGAGGGACUGGCAGACCAGCCCGCUCACAGUUGCGCAGCUUCAGGUUCUCAACAUCGAGAGAUCCCGAUUGGCAUUUCUGUCUGCGUGCUUCACGGCCAAUGCAGGGGUGGAAAAUAUGCAGGACGAAAAUAAUCACCUUGCUGGAGCCUUGCAUCGGGCGGGAUUCCCCAGCAUUGUAGGGUCUCUUUGGUACGUGGGUGAGGAGGCGGCGUUGGAAGUGACUAGACGCUUUUAUGAAGAGCUGGCGAAGGAAGAGCAGGAGUGGCCAGAGCAUGUGGCUAAAGCAUUGCAUUUUGCGAUAUUAGACUUCCGAGAAACAACCCGUACUGCUGGCAAUAAGAUGAGAGGAGAUCCCGUGAGCUGGGCGCCAUUCUCGUACUUUGGAGGAUAG